GGACAACAAACCCUUCAUCCUAUUUCACUAUCCCCCGGCUCUAAGAUAUCACCAUACUGAUAUCAAAAUGUCCGCAUCAUCCGGAAUGUCCUUUCGUGAACAAAUUGCAUUACAGCUAGGCAAACCCUUCUUCAAGCUCGACUCCCCCCACCCGCAGCCAUUCUACCACUACACCCAAGGCAACUGGGAAUCCAUCGAGCACGUUUCCGAAAUCAAUGGCAACGACACACAUCAUCCACCAACAGAUGGGAAAAUAUCGAAAAUCCGCUUAACAACAUGGAACAUUGAUUUCCAAGCCGAUUAUACAAAAGAACGCAUGGCGGGGGCUCUUGGACAUCUAUCUCACCUGCACGAGCCCUUGACCAACACAAAAACGAAGGACGAUACGCCUCCGGCAGUUAUAUUUCUGCAAGAGAUGCUAAAUCCAGAUAUAGAGCAAAUUAAGCAAGAGCAGUGGGUGCGGGACAAUUUUUUCAUUACUGAUGUCUCGGAUCAUAAGUGGGAGUCGUUUUACGGGACGACUACGUUGAUCGAUAAACGGUUGGAGGUUGAGAGGGUAUUCAGGGUUCCCUAUGGGUCAUCCAGGAUGCAACGGGGUGCUCUUUUCGUUGAUGUCAAGAUCGGUGGAGAGGAGGUCCCCCAAAUCCUCCGCCUCUGCAACACACACCUCGAGAGCCUCAUCUCGAACCCCCCGCGUCGCCCGGUUCAAUUGAAAUGCGCCUCGGAAUUCAUGCACGGUUCCGGGCCAAGUUCAACGGAUGUUCACCUUCCCAGUCCCUAUGCCUCUAUUCUAGCCGGAGACCUAAAUGCCUUUGCGCCUGAGGAUCAGACCGCAGCUGGGGAAUGUGGCCUGAAUGAUGCUUUUCUUGUUCUUGGUGGGAAAGACGGGACAGAUGAGAGUUUUACUUGGGGCCAGCAGGCUUCGGAUCAGGAGAGAUGGAGGUUUGGGUGUAGUAGGAUGGACAGAAUUUUGUUUUGUGGCGCUGUUGAAGUCUUGUCGUUUUGCAGGAUUGGAGAAGGGCUUCGAGUGACGGUGAAUGAUGAGGAUUUUGGGGAAGAUAUAGUGUGGGUUACGGAUCACUUGGGUCUGCAGGCUGAUUUUAAAAUCAUUAUGUGACCUAGAAAGUGAGAAGUGUUUGCUCAGAGGGAUAGGGUAGACUGAAAGAAUAACAAAUUUAUUGAUAUGGGAGAUCUAGAUAAAAACAUCAUUGCGUCCAAGAUGGUGUGGUAUGAUACAUUCGAGCCUGGUCUGUCUAUUACUCUGCAUUAUAUCUGACAGAGCAACCGUAUAAUAUCGCGAAUUUUAGAGUCGUAAAUCGUCGGAGA